AUGGAGACCUACGAGGCGCUGCUGAAGUCGCAGCUGAAGCAGCUGGAAGAGGUCUUGCUGCGACGGCACCAGGCCGAGUUUCACGCGCUCAAGCAGCAAUACCUGCUCGGAGUGGAGAAAGGUGCUCCAGGCCUUUCGGAGGACUGUGGCCAGAACGACGAGAUUCCCCAGGAACGUUGGUGCUUGGAGCGAACCAGGGCAGUGAAGAGGUGGGAGUCAUUCUCUUGGAAGCUGUUGGCUCGGCAAGAAAGCAGCUUUGACACGGAAGAGUCCAUCAUCGCGGUCCGGAGCUCCUCCGAACGGCCCGACCUACGGAUGCGCUCCUCCUGGUGCCAUUCGGUGAUGCAGAAGCGAGUGAAGAUGCCCCCGAGCUCGCGCAACAGUUACACGGAGGAUAUGAUCCUCAGGAUGAAUGAGGAAAUGACUUCGUCCUCCUGGUACUCGAAGUUCGUGUUUGGUCCACAGAGCUCCUUCCAGUUGCUUUGGGCGGUGCUCUCGAUCAUUCUGAUCACCUGGGAUUUGGUGACGAUCCCACUGGAGGUGUUUGACAAUUCGAGCUUUCACGAGAUCUUAAAAAGUGUGGGCUAUGGCUCCCUCGCCUACUGGGUUGUUGAUAUGCCUCUUCAUUUGCUUUUUGGUGUUCAGAAAGGGGGAAUCGUAGAGCUUCGACCUCGGGUCUUGGCCAGGCUCUACCUCAAGACCUGGUUCCCCGUGGACUUAGCACUCGUGGCAUUGGAUGUGUUGCUGAUCGUCUUCGAGAUAAUGGUGGGAGAGGGAAGCUUCAGCGGUGCCUUCCGCUCCGUCCGCGUGCUGCGCAUCAUGCGGAUCCUCCGUUUGCUGCGGCUCCUGCGUGUGGCCAAGCUUCAACGGGAGUUGUCCAUCAUCGCCAAUCGCUUCAUCUCCGCCUAUGUCUUCAUGGUGAUGAAGCUGGUUUGCAUCGGUGUGCAGAGUGUUGGAGCGUGUGGCCACCGGCUCCACACCGUACGCGUGGACCGUGCCACGAUGCCCCACCUGGCACCUCCGCGCCGUACGCGGUGCCUGACCUUCGCGUGGCUGGCGUGGACGGCGUGGACCGCGUUGGGACGCGUGGACCGGUGCUUCGCGCCCAGCCGGACGGAACGCCGGACGGCCACGGUCGCACGCAUGGCCAGCGCGGCGGAGUGGUUGGAGGGGCAGGGCUAUGACGUUGCGGGGAAGCAAGGGCGAGGAGGCAGCAGCUGGGCCUCCUUCCAGACUUUGCAGACGGACCAGGGCGACUUCUUUGUCAAGACUGCCCGGCGUCCAGCGGCGGACAUGUUCAAGGGCGAGGCUCUCGGAUUGGAGGCGCUGCGUGCUGCAGGCGGCGUGUGCGUUCCGAAAGUCCUGCACUACGAUGACGACGGCAGUGGGGGCUCCUACAUCAUCAUGGAGAAGCUGAACAUGGGCGGUCGGGUCAAUAUGAAGGACUUCGGCAGGAAGCUGGCUGAGAUGCACCUGGCGGAGCCCGCGCAUCCAGAAGCCAAGUCGGGUAAGUUCGGCUUCCAGGUGGACAACACCAUCGGUGGAACUCCUCAGAAGAAUGCGUGGACAGAAGAUUGGGCCAGCUUCGUGAAAGAGCAACGCUUGGGGCCGCAGGUGCGAAUGGCGGGGAGCGGUCAGCUCACCCGAGUCUGGAAGCAACUCUUGGAGGAGACAGGUGAUCUAAGAGACCUCUUCAGUGAUGUCGAGGUGAAGCCGUCCAUACUGCACGGCGAUCUUUGGAGUGGCAACUACCAAGGCACACCUGAUGGGGUGGCCAUUUUUGAUCCUGCCACCUACUACGGCCAUCAUGAAGCGGAAUUUGGAAUGUCCUGGUGCGCGGGCUUCAACGGCGACUUCUGGAGUGGCUAUCGGGAGGUCAUACCCGAAGCGCCCAAGUACCGGCAGCGGGCGAAGCUCUACGAGGUGGGCAUGUUCGAAGCCUACGUGGCGUCGCUGCACUGGAGCUUGACGCAAUUCACGCCCUCCACCAACAACGUGGCGCCCGCCAACUCCUUGGAAAGGCUUUUUGCCGUCUUCGUCAUUCUGCUCGCCAUGGGUUGUUUCUCCUCCUUCGUGGGCUCCAUCACGGCGACGGUGAAUGCGUUGCGAAGCAUCCAAGCCACCAAAGUCAAGCAGCAGAACGAAGUGCUCCGGUUCUUUGCUGAGAGAAAAAUGUCUUUGGACCUCUAUCGGAAGGUGCAGUACGUGAUCCGCACAGAGAAACUCAUGGAUGAGCCGCUCAUGGAAAACGAGGUCACGUUGCUGAAGCUCCUGCCACAACGCUUCAGGAUCCAGUUGCACGAGGAGAUGUAUUUGCACGAGUUGUUACAGCUGCCAUUCUGGCCCAGCGGCGUUAAGACACGUGAGGGCGUUUUCCUGGCAGAGGUUUGCCAUUUGGCGAUGCAGGAGGAGAUUGCCCGAAAGUCGGAAGACAUCUUCCUGCCAGGCACCGAAUGCCAUGCCGCCUAUCUCAUGGAGCCAGGAGCCAAAAUUGCAUUGGAGGCCUUGCCACCGCUUUGGCUACAGAUCUCAUUGCUGUCCAUGACCUGGGGUUCCACAAGCAUGUCCAGCUUUGCUGUGACCUUUGUGUCCUUGGUGUGUUCUUAUGUGAACAUCCUGAAACAUUUGUUUUUGGUCACCGAAUGUCUUGCCGCAGAGAUUGAAGACUUGGAGAUCUCCCAGCUGCUGAGCCUAGAGCAGUGCAGCAAAGGAGUCAAUGAGAACAGCUGUCUCUUGGCCUCUUUGGUGUUUUUUGCCAUCUUCACCGUGCUGAUUUGCACCAUCCGUUUGGCGGGACUUUGGUAUUGCCCCAGCCACAUCCUGGAUCUCACGAGUUGA